CACAACACCCGGUCAACAAGCUUUGGACGAGAAAUGCUCCAGACAUGAAUCCGCAAAGCGACUAUGAGCAGGAGGUGCCUCAGUCCGACCUACAGGAUCUGACUCAUCUGUCAGACCGGUACAACCUCAUCUCGAAGAUUGGCGAAGGCACCUUUUCGACCGUAUACAAGGCCGAAGACCUGCAGCAGGACUCCUACUGCAACGAUUGGCUGACGCAUCUUGGUGGAGAUCCAUGCUGGAACUACUUUGUUGCCAUCAAGCGACUCUACGUUACUGCCUCUCCUGCGAGGAUCUAUAAUGAGCUUGAUAUCCUCCAGAAGGUAAGAAGGUCGAAACACAUCCUGCCAGUCAUCACAUCCUUCCGCCACGAGGAUCAGGUCUUUAUCGUACUGCCCUACUACAAACACGCCGACUUCAGGGCAUACUUCAGAGACCUCAGCAUCCUCGAUAUACGUUUUUACAUGCGGUCACUCAUGCGAGGGCUGAAGGACUUGAGCGACCACGGCAUUAUGCAUCGGGACAUCAAGCCCUGCAAUUUCUUGUACGAUGUGCACAGACGAGAAGGACAGCUCGUUGAUUUUGGACUCGCAGAGUAUGCUCCACCCUUGGGCGAAGGAGGAUGUCCUUGCAGAGCGCGCAGCGAAAUGGAUGAUGAUGAAAUGCGCAAGAUUGACAUGAUCUCACCGACGCAUGCGAAGCUGAGUCGCUCGUACCUCAAGGAAGACCACCGACCAGGUAAACGUGCCAAUCGUUCAGGCACGCGUGGAUUCCGCGCACCAGAAGUCUUACUCAAGUGUGACCGGCAAAAUCAGGCUCUUGACAUGUGGUCAGCCGGUGUGAUACUCUUGACAUUCUUGUCCGGGCGUUUCCCAUUCUUCAAUUCUGCCGACGAUAUUGACGCCUUGAUCGAGCUGACGGCCAUCUUUGGCAAAGGUUGCAUGCGUCGCAUAGCACGCAUCCACAAUCAGACACUUGAGAUUGACCUCCCAACUGUACAUGAACGCUCCAUCUCAUGGCCCCGGCUCAUUACUUGGUGCCAGACUGGCACACGCGACGCUGACCUGAACGUCUCACUAGACAUGCAGGAGGCAGCUACAUUUUUGGAUGGCCUCUUGGACCUUGACCCUUGGCAUCGAACGACGGCUGUCCAGGCACUGCAAGAUCCGUUCCUGGCGCUGGUGGAUGAAGAUCGGGAGUCACUAGAGCAGCAAAUUGCAGCUCAGAAGAUAGAGAGCGAUGCUACACACUUGGACAGCGAGAGCAAGUCAGAUCCUGGCGUUCUCGCCCGCGACGGGAGUCUGGCAUCAUUGAGGCAACUGCGCUCUCCGGCGAAGCUGGAUGAAUUCCGACAAGGUAUACAGCAGCUAGCACCGAGCACUGACCACGCAACGCUCAGUGUGGAUCAGGUUGGGCAACCCCGAGAGUAUGCCGAGACAGAUCAAGCUGUACUACAGGCACGACUCCAUUGUGUCGACAAGAUUGUCGCCAAUACACAGAAAAGGAUUGUGGCUAUGACGGCAGAGAUCACAGAGAAGCAACACAAUCGUCCAGCUCUCAGCGAUCUUGAACACAUUCACAAUUUCAAUGUUGCUCCAGCGGAUGUGGCCUCACACGGUCACAAGCAUGCUCGGGGUCAUACUUCUCCUGUGAAGCCGGCUGCUCGUCCCACGAAGAGAGCAAGAAAGGUGAGUAGCCCCGAAGACCCAUUCAAAAGCAAGGUGGAAGUCAAACCUUUUGGUCUUUUUGGCUCCUUCAUGCAGGACAAGGCUGAUCGCGAAAGACCGUCGCAGCAAGAUGAGCAAUCAGUAUCACGGCAACACUUUUAGGCAAGCGUAUCCCUCAUCUCUUUUUUGUAGCAAAGCUUUGUUGAGUUGAAUGACUAUGCCAUAUGCUAUCGCUGAAGAGGACUA